AUGUUGUAUCCACAGAAGUGGAAGGUGCCCAAAGAUGUACUCGACGACGACGCACCCCCAAUCGAAUAUGAAGGCAAGCUGCUUGCUCAAGCUCGGGACCAGUAUCACGCAAAGCUGAACCCUAUUCAAGUAAGGACGUAUGUCAAUGAGAAGGAUGCGACGUGGCAAGACAGCUACACGAAACUGUUAGCAUGGAAUCAGACUCAGUACAAGCGCCAUAUGGACGAGCUUUUCCUCCUUCCCACGGCUCCUGUCGCCAUGCCUCGGGCAUACUGGCUUGAACAGUUCUUCCUAUCGUCCCAACUCAUAGUCAUCGAGCCAUCGGAGGAUGGCUGGCAGCGGGUGCAAAGCGCAAUGGAACACCACGAGGGCUAUGACUACGAUAUGGAUAUCUUGAACAAGGUGUUCGACCGAGACGUGUGGUUGGAGCUUCGCAAGGACUUCUCGGAGCGACGUCUGCGGGUGUGUGGGAAGGCUUACGACAACAUCUAG